GAGGAGAGGCGGCGGGCGGGAGACCGGGGGAGGCGGCUUCUUUCUUUCUUCCCCUCCCUCUCGAGAGUGUGAAGGUCAGGCCUCACGCGCGCGCCAUUCCCCGGGACUCUUCGCUCCGCUCCAGAGACGAGCGGAAACUCGUCACCGGGGCCUCAGCUCAGGCUCGGUCUCGGGGGCGAAAAAAAAACCCCAGUCCCAAAAUGGCGCCCCUGGACCUGGAGAAGUACGUGGAGAUCGCCCGACAGUGCAAGUACCUCCCGGAGAACGACCUGAAGCGAUUAUGUGACUACGUGUGUGACUUGCUGUUGGAAGAGUCCAAUGUGCAGCCAGUUUCUACGCCAGUUACAGUUUGUGGGGACAUACAUGGACAGUUUUAUGACUUGGGUGAGCUGUUCAGAACUGGGGGUCAAGUUCCUGACACAAACUACAUAUUUAUGGGUGAUUUUGUUGACCGAGGAUAUUACAGCCUUGAAACUUUCACCUACCUUCUCGCGUUAAAGGCAAAAUGGCCUGACCGUAUCACACUCCUUCGAGGAAAUCAUGAAAGCAGACAGAUCACACAGGUCUACGGGUUCUACGAUGAAUGUCAAACAAAAUAUGGAAAUGCUAAUGCUUGGCGAUACUGUACCAAAGUCUUUGACAUGCUAACAGUAGCAGCUUUGAUAGACGAGCAGAUCCUGUGUGUGCACGGGGGGCUUUCUCCUGACAUCAAGACUCUCGAUCAAAUCCGAACCAUCGAGCGUAACCAGGAGAUCCCACACAAAGGAGCGUUCUGUGACCUGGUUUGGUCCGAUCCUGAGGACGUAGACACCUGGGCCAUCAGUCCUCGUGGAGCAGGCUGGCUCUUUGGGGCCAAAGUUACCAAUGAGUUUGUUCACAUCAACAACUUGAAACUGAUCUGUCGAGCACAUCAACUAGUACAUGAAGGAUAUAAAUUCAUGUUCGAUGAGAAGUUGGUGACUGUCUGGUCUGCUCCAAACUACUGUUACCGCUGUGGAAAUAUCGCCUCAAUCAUGGUCUUCAACAAUGUAAAUUCAAGGGAGCCAAAGUUGUUUCGUGCAGUUCCAGAUUCAGAGCGUGUAAUUCCACCUAGAACGACAACACCCUACUUCCUUUAAAAUAUUCCCCCAUCCCAUCCCAACCCCUCAUCCCGAAUAAACUUUUCUUAAAAUACAGUGCACACAAUGGCCUGUAACUAGGCAAUGUUCAAGAUGUAGAAUUUCAACUAUUCUAUCAAAUAUUUUAAAUGGCUAAAUUGAAUAAAGUGGUCUAAAGGGGCUGCCUUUUUUUUCCUUUGUUUUCCAUGCUAGCAAGAUAUUGCGAAGCUGAUUUAUGUGCUCUGAUAACUAAAAGUUUGUACAUUAAAAUAAUUGUAUUGAUCAUUUUUCAAAUUUCAUUGUAUUUUAAUAUAGUAAUAUGGUGAAUACAAUCCGCAUAGGUUAAGAUAUUGGAAAUAAACUGCUUUAUUAUUAACUUGAA